AUGGCAUUCGUUUGGGUACAGCAGUGGAUUGCUCUUCCUAUCAUUCUCGAGGAUCAAAUGGGCGACCUACCCACCGGAUCUGGCUCCCAGCCUUUGGACAUCAUGACAGCUGGUCUUGCGCAUGAUGAACACCAAGGCCAUUCCAACCCGACCCCAUCGAACGUCAAAUCUCCUAGUAGUAACACCCCCUUCUACUCUCAGCUCAGUUCGAUCCCGCAGGGCCAAUUCCACCCCGACCUUCGCUCGCCCGCGCACCCAACGAGUCCGCCUUAUCCAGCCCAGGAACAAUCGUCCUUGAACAUGGGCGCAAUGGCAGGCGCACUCCCUGAGUACGCCCCCAUUGAUGCAGUUCAGGGUAACCCUCAAGCGCCGCCGCAACAUGGCCAACGACAACUGUCCGGCGCAUCGACAUCCGCUCUCGUUUACCAACUCCAGCAAAACUUACAGAUUCCCGGCCCCGCAUCUGCCUCUCUACCAACGCACUCUCCCUAUGGUCCUGGAUUCGGCGCAGGGCAGUACCCGCAAAACUUCGUGCCAGCUCAAAGCUCACAGCACACCAACUACGCCGCUUUCCCUACCAAUCAACAACGCUUAGCCGGUCCCGGCUCGAUGCAAACGCCAUAUCAGAACUUCGCCCAACCUUCACAAUAUCUCUACUAUCCAUCGCCGUAUGGACCACAAGCGCAAUUCCAGCAAGCCUUCCCAGGCCAAGGCGCUCAGGGCCAAGCGAUGUUUGGGAGGAGACAAAGUCUGCCAAGUGCGCAUGCUCCUUUAGCUGGACAUGACGUGGGCAUGUCUCAGCAAGAGGGUGGUCGCAUGGCGCCUGGGGGCCAAGGAGAGCCGGGAACAAUUGGCUCUAUAUUUGGUGGACCUUUCAUGCAAGCACAAGGGCCGGCCAGUUCGAUACCCCGUGGACCACCUCGAAAACCCAAGCAGUCCGGGCACGCACUUUGGGUCGGAAAUCUUCCCCCAGGGACCACCGUUGUUGCUCUGAAGGAUCAUUUUUCUCGCGAUGCUACACGCGACAUCGAGAGUCUCUUCCUCAUCUCGAAGAGCAAUUGCGCUUUUGUCAAUUACCGUACAGAAGCAGCAUGUACCGCGGCUAUGCACAGGUUCCACGACUCUCGGUUCAAUGGCGUCCGCCUGGUGUGCCGACUCCGUCGCAGUUCGGCACCAGCCUCCGGUGUGCCCACCGGCCCUUCAGCCAUGGUGGGUGCUCAGCCAGGCAGUGGGUCGCCUCCAAGGUCGCCCCGCGAAGCCGAAAGCGAGACAGUGCAAGUAGACAGCGAAACCGCUCCCCGUAAGAGCGGUGAGGAUGCAAGGACAACUUCCAUUGCGUCUGAGAAGUACUUCAUUGUCAAAAGUUUGACAUUGCAGGACCUGGAGCUGAGCGUUCGCAACGGUAUUUGGGCCACCCAGUCUCACAAUGAAGAAACGCUGAACAAGGCGUAUGAGACUGCGGAAAACGUCUACCUCAUUUUCUCCGCCAACAAAUCCGGAGAAUACUUCGGCUACGCUCGCAUGGCAUCGCCCAUCCUCGAGGACGACACUCAGCUGUUGGGGUCGGUCCCGAAACCCGACAACAUUAUGGAGGCUACAGACGUGCCCAAAUCCAUCCCUACACCUGCGACAGAGUGGGCUCCCAAGGGAAGAAUUAUCGACGAUUCUGCACGCGGCACAAUAUUCUGGGAAGCGGAGUUGACUGAUGAAGAACCGGAAGAAGACCAUGGCGAGAAGGAAGAACAAGUGGAUGCAGAGACGCCAGCGGUUGCGCAAAGCUGGGGGAAGCCAUUCAAGGUGGAAUGGGUCUCGACAAACCGACUACCUUUUUACCGCACACGCGGGCUUCGCAACCCUUGGAACGCUAACCGCGAAGUCAAGAUUGCGAGGGAUGGCACUGAGCUGGAGCCCAGUGUCGGGGAGCGCUUGAUCCAGAUGUUUCACCGCCUUGGGCCUUCUAGCUCCGCGGCGCCCAUGAUGCAGCCUCCCCAGCUCGGCGGCCCUCAGAUGCGACCAUUCUAA